CUGGGAUCUGGUGGCAACAGUCCAUUGGAAAGCGGUUUGAGUGAACUGGGGAGCUGGUGGACGACUGCCAGGGUUGCCUUGGGCUUUUUUAGUAAAAGCUUGCACAAGGAGGACCCCCUUUAGCCUAAUAUGUUGCAAAUGGGUCCCUUUCCUGGUCCGGAAAUCCUCCAUGACGUGGCCCCAUUGGGCGAUCCCAGGGCCCUUCAGCCUAGGGUGUUUCCUUCCCUACCUGCCCUCGAACUUCACCCCCCCACUCCCCAGUCUGGGCCUGCCUUCAGUUCCCCGUGGGUGGGGUGGCCCAACUAUGGGAUUCUGAUGCGGAAACGAAGGCCGGAUCUCUCCCAGGAGGCCAAGCCCGGCUGGCGUCAUUAAGCACAGACUUCCGGUUUCCAUUUCUACGCAGGGGAGGGGCGGUGCUUGGGAGCUGGCUGGGAUUGGAUGAAUGUGCAGGAUAAGGUCGGGUCAAUUCUUUUCAGACUAGGAUGACUUUAGCUAGCUGGGCCUUUGACCUUAGAAAAGCGAGCUCCGUUUGGAGAAAAGUCCCGGUGCCUGCAGUCGUCCAACAAUGCUGAGCGGAAUGGGCUCUCGAAAAGUUUUCAAAGUGCCCCCAGUGAGCAGCCGCGCAGAUUAAGGGACAGCUUCCCUGCCCGUCAGGAGGAGGGGCUGGGUGGGUAGGUGGGGGGUUGGUCUGUCUUGGGUUUUACAGUGGCCCUCGGACGAGGGAUCUGGCAGCCCCUCCUCCUCCAAGUCUCCCCAAGUGCCCUUAGCCCAGAGGCUCCCACUGGCUGGCCAAACCACAGAAGGGACCUUGGAGGCAGGAGGCAGAAUGCAGACAAUCAAAUGUGUGGUAGUGGGGGACGGAGCUGUUGGGAAGACCUGCCUUCUCAUUAGCUAUACGACCAACGCCUUCCCUGAGGAGUAUAUCCCUACAGUCUUUGACAACUAUAGCGCCCAGAUGUCUGUGGAUGGCCGCACGGUCAGCCUGAAUCUGUGGGACACAGCUGGCCAAGAGGAGUAUGACCGCCUCCGGACCCUGUCCUACCCCCAGACCAAUGUUUUUGUCAUCUGCUUCUCCAUUGGCAGCCCCUCAUCCUAUGCCAAUGUGCGGCACAAAUGGCAUCCAGAGGUCUCCCACCACUGCCCCAAUGUUCCUAUCCUGCUUGUGGGCACCAAAAAGGACCUUCGGAAUGACCUGGCAACAUUGAAGAGGCUGAAGGAGCAGAGCCUAACACCUACCACUCCUCAGCAAGGGACCUCCCUGGCCAAGCAGGUAGGGGCUGUGAAGUAUCUAGAGUGCUCAGCCCUGAUGCAAGAUGGAGUUGCUGAGGUAUUUGCAGAGGCAGUGAGAGCUGUGCUGUACCCAGUCACCAAGAAGAACACCAAGAAAUGCACCCUCUUAUAGUUCCCAGCAGGGACAAUGCCUAGGCACCAUGCUCAGUGGCCAACCCAGCCAGGAAACCUUCCACUUUAGCAUAUUGGCCAGUCCUGGGGGGUACUUGAGUCCAGAUGGGGGCUGCCACCUUGCCUUGGGACUGGGCCUGAUUUGGAAGGGGACUUGGGAAUUGGGAGAGGGGGAAGGAGACUCUUUUCUUCCAUCCAGAUUGGGGGGGGGGGGCUGGCCACAGCUUGGCAGGAUUGUCCAUGUGGUGUCACUGUCUCUGCCACUGCCGCAGCUGCUGCUGCUGCUCCUUGGUGCUAAGCAUUGGUUUUUGUGGGGGGGGGGAAAGACAGGCGUGAUUUGUGAUUGCAUGCAGUUUCCAAAUGGUUCCAUAAGUUUUGUUCUUGUUUUUUGAUGUACUCAUUUUUGAAAAUGUUUUCAUUUCUGUUUCCCAGAUGUUCCUCAUGUUUAAUGCUGUACCUCCCCUACUGUCCAUGCUCUUCCCACCUCUCUCCCAUGAAACUAGACAUUUUCAUGGGAAAGGUCCAUAAGAAAUAGGGGAGGCUAGAAUGAGGCUAAUGGAGCAGAAUGAGCUAGUGGCCUCUUUGUUUGAGGCAAGUCCUCAACUAGGCCAGGAGGCUGGUUUCUUACCAAGCCCUAUUUCUCUCUCUCUGGGCUUCAGGCUUUUCUGCUUUGGCUUUGUAUCCCUGGAACUUGGCAUAGAUAGAGUAAAUGCUUCUUUGUUGAUGGAGGCAAUGGUGCUUUGGGGAUUGGUUCUGGUGGCACUGCAGGCCUAGUGGUGUCCACAGGAGAAGCCCUAGCAUUUUACUACCCUUUUCUACCCUGAAUAGGAGAAUGAAAGAAAGGGAAACAGCAUCAAAGAAUAUGCUUAGCUUUUUACCACUUACAUUAAAGGGAUUUUGGGCUGAACUUUGAGACUCCUUGAUGGGGACAUGUUUUCUGCCUCCAUCCCUACCCUCUGAGGCUUGUGGCCCCACUUAAGGAUUUUGUGAUUCCCUAGAAGGAAAAAGAAAACUCUUAUUUUUUAUUCUGGGCUCUGAUUUGGGAGGGACAGCCAGAUGUGGUGCUGACCUUCCUAUACACCCCUUUAAAAAACGAAUAUAUUGAAACUGGGGAAUCUGGGAAGUGGAAUUCACUGAAGAGAAUGUGCCUUUUGUGAUAAGUGCCUUUUGUGAUCCCAGCAUUCCUCCUAAGUGGUGGAUUUGGGUCUGGGCCUACUUACAGUGAGCCUUCUAGAGAUCUAGGAACCCAGGUUAGAAACAAAUGUGAGGGCCUGGUGUAGGGAAUUCGCUCGCUCCUUCCUUCCUUCCUUCCUUCCUUCCUUCCUUCCUUCCUUCCUUCCUUCCUUCCUUCCUUCCUUCCUUCCUUCCUUCCUUCCUUCCUCCCUUCCUCCCUCCCCUUCCUCUUCACCCUAAUCUCAUUGAUCAAUUCUUUAUUUAUGAGAUUAAACAUAUCAUGCUUCCUGGUCACUUCAUUCUCAAUGGCAGGCAGUGCUUAUUGGUGCUUCUUCAUAUCCUGACACCAAUGGACUGAACUUGUGAAAGAAGGGUCCAGAAAAAAAAGAUUCUGCCAUCUACUAGCGUAUUGGCUUCUAGCUCUUUCAAACCCAUGCAUGUCUCUCUGGGGGUGGGGGAGGGUGGGGGAGGGGUGUAGCAUUAACACUUUGGAAAAGAAGGGCCUGAUACAAUGAGGUUCUGAAGAAGUGUGUGGUCCUAAAGAGUCAGCCACUUGUGGGUGUGCAGUACCAACUGCUCCGAUGUUCGCCAAGAAAACCCAAAUGACUGAAAAGCAAAAGUCACACAAAACCCAAUUCCACAUUUGUCAUGUACUCUCCCACCCCCACCAAAACAAUGACAGCAACAACCAAACCAGACAGAAAAGGAGAAGACAAUGUACUCCUGAGGCUACCAGUUUUCAAUCUGGUGGUGGGCAGCAUGUUUCAUUAUGAGUGCCCGGAAUUGUGGUGGGUUACCGUGUUGGUCACAGAGUUCAGAAGUCUCUCUCAAUUGAUUAUCUUUACAGUAUUGUGGUUGCUAUGUAGAUUGAUCUGGUUCUGCUCACUUUACUCUUCAUCAGUUCAUAUGAAGUCUUCCUAGGCCUUUCUCCAGUUGAAGGGCAUCCCCUCAAACUAAGGAGUGUGACUGUUCAUUUCCCCCAGUAUAUGCAGCUAUCUGGUAUGGGAGGUUACCCGGCUUUUCUGCAUUAGCAAAUGCUGGAUUGCCAGUGAGGCCAAAGGAUCGGCUCUGAUUUGUUCAGUAGAGGCUAUGAGCCUGGGUGUUGGCCAGGCAUGUUUUUUUUUUUUUUGUAUACUUGAUAUGAACAGUGUCCUAAAACUUGCCACUGCAAUUCUCUUGUGUGGAUUUUAAUCCUGUGGUGCCUUUCCCCACUUCCUCACACACUUCAAAUCUGGGUAUUAAUUGGGCAAACUUUGGUUUCCCAUAAAAAUGGAUUUACCCCAUCUGUGGUGGAGCAGGAAUCACCUGUGCCCCAGGCUGAUGGGCUGUGGUACUGUAACAUACACUGGCAACUUGAUUUUAAUACUGAAAUGGAUUUUGUAUGAAGACUAAUAUGCUAGAGUCACUUUUAAAUUAUUCAUAAUUAAACAGCAGUAAAGCUUU